UAAAGAUGAAAAAUCAUUAUAAUACUUUAGGACUCUAAAGAGAUGCCGAAUAAUAACAAAUUAAAGAGGCUUAUCAUAAACUAGCAUUAGAAUGGCAUCCAGUAUUUUUAUAUUAUUUAAACUAAGUUAGGAUAAGAAUGUAAACAAUAGGACGUAAGCUAUUGUUUAAUUUUAGCAGAUUAGUGAAGCUUAUAACACUUUAUCCAAAUAAGAAUCAAAAAAAAUAUAUGAUUAUAAUCUAGAUAGAAGAGAAAUUAUCAGAAAUUAAAAAAUAAGAUUACAAGAGUAAGAAAUGAAAUUAUACAAUUAAUUGUCUAAAGAAUUUCAUUUAUCUGAUACUUAUCUAACAAAAGACGAACAAGAUACUAUAAACAAGUUUAUUAAUAGAAUGGAUAAGUCAAGUAAAAGGAUUAAAAAAAAAUAAUGA